CUCACGCCGCCAUCGCCUCCGGUCGGGCCUUGGAGCGCGGGUCUCGCUCUGGGCGCCCCGCGGCCCCGGCACAGCCCUGGCAGGGAGGCUGCCCAGGGUGGCCGGACGCAAUGGCUGCCCGCGGCACCGCCGGAGCCCGGCGGGGUCCCGCCUUACUCACUGGGGGACGCGCCGGGCCGGGCGCUGUGCUGGGAGAGCCCGUGGGGGCGUUCAGGAGCUGGUGGCGAGCGGGGCCAGAGGGAGGCUGAACUCUGUGUUUUAAUUUAAAACACCAGUGCAGAGCGCCGGGGCCGUGCAGGGAGGCUCGGGCCGGGCCGGCGCUCGGAAGUGACGGGUGGACCCUCUGGCUCCUCCUGCCCUCAGGGAAACAUUAACUUGGAGCUCUGCUGUCGUUUGGGGUAGAGAAGGUUAGAAAGUCCCCUGCCGGGCACAGCCUGCGGCUGAACAGGCUCAAAGGACAAUGCAAAUCCCGGUUUUUACGGUUGAUGCCUUUACAAACCGGCCGUUUUCUGGAAAUCCCGCGGCAGUUUGUCUGCUUGAAAAUGAGUUGGAUGAAGGUUUGCACCAAAAAAUCGCAACAGAAAUGAAUCUUUCAGAAACAGCUUUCAUCAGAAAGCUGCACCCUGGAGAUGACUUUACCAAAAGUUCCUGCUUUGGACUCAGGUGGUUCACCCCAGCCAAUGAAGUUCCUCUCUGUGGUCACGCUACCCUGGCAUCGGCUGCUGUGUUGUUUCACAUACAAAAAAAUACAAAUCCAGUUCUCACAUUUGUGACACUGAGCGGGGAAUUAAAAGCCAGACAAGUGAAAGAUCACAUUGUCCUGGACCUGCCACUUUAUACAGCCCAUCCUCAGGUACUUGAGGAAGUAGAAGAAUUAAUAAAGGCAGCAGUUGGUGACAUGAUUGUUCAAGAUGUCCGUUACUCUCCUGACACAAAAAACCUGUUAGUCUGCCUCAGUGAUACUUAUGAAAGGUCUGUGUUGGAAGAACUGAAAGUGAGUGCACAAAGCUUUUUGUCAGCUGAAAAGACGGGAAAAGUGAAAGGACUCAUACUCACUCUUAAGGGAAAUUCCAGUGGGAAAGGCCAUGAUUUUUACUCCAGAUAUUUUGCACCUUGGUAUGGAGUUUUGGAGGACCCUGUUACAGGAUCUGCUCAUGCUGUUUUAAGCAGCUACUGGUCAGAGCAACUGGGGAAGAAAGAAAUGCUUGUGCUUUGCCAGAGAACAGAAGAACAAGAGAAGCAAUACAAAAUUCCCUCAUCCCCUGCCUGGAUCCCCUUUUAAAGAAACUAUCUCAAGCAGCAAAGGCAAUUGAUACUGUCAUCAGCUUCUCUAAUGGCUUCAGCACAAAAAAAGUCCUGUCUUUCCACAAGAUAGGUUUGGGUUUUUCUCAUCUUGCAUGCAAAUAUGUCCUCAAGCUUCUUCUGUGGUACAGAUCAUACAGACCAGAUUUAAAUACAACAAGUUAAUCUGAUGUCUGAUUAACACGUGGUCUCGACUGUGUUUAUGAGGAAGCUCUUUUCCUUGCAUGCAUGUGGCUGAGGGGUAACAGGCAGUACUAGGGAGAAUUCUGUUCCUAGUGAGAUUAUUUGGAAAAGAUGGCUGGCAUUCAAGGAGAUUCCACAUCACCAAAUAUUAGUAAGUAAGGGCACCUUCUGACUUUUUAGAAACCUUCGUGGCAACUUCUGUAAUAUCUGAUACUUUAUAUUGCGAGAAGAAAGGAAGAAUUUCUUCCAUCAAAUGAAGAAUCUGUUAGUUCCCAAACAGAUUACAUAUGAAAUAAUAUAAAUGUAUUGUCAGAUUUCUCUGGCUAUGGUGACCUCUAGGAGGAGGUCAGCUGCAGCCCUGCUGAAGCAUCAGAUGUAAUUUCCUGUCUUUGGAUUCUCUUCCUACUUUUAUUCGACUAAGUUGUCAAACAACAACCACCCCCAUCAAGUACAAAGAGAAUUUUCCAGGUGAAAUACUUUAUGAUCUUUCUUGAAACUGUGUACAUGUACCUGAAUUUAAGCUGCUGGCUAAAUCAAGGUUCAGUAUCAGUCCUUGCCUGUCUUUCAUUUGAGGAGUCUCUGCAAUAUUUAAAAACUAUGAUCUCAGAUAUACAGAUUUGGCAGUUGGUAAUGAGUGCAGUGUAUAGCAGCUGUCUGUGUAUCCAGCCCUUCACAUGGUUUUCACAUUUCUAAGGUAACAUUUGUAAACAUGCAUAAGGAAUUCCAUAUCACCAAAGAGAUUAAAGAGGGCUUCCCAAAUUGCUGUGAUGAAAAGAGGCUUAUCCAGGACAAUUUUUAAUCUCAGGGGAAGCUCGAGGAAUCUUGCUGUACCUGUUUACUUCAGACAACUGUGUUAAUUUGUGGGGAAAUUUGGUUCUUGUUACUGCCUUUAACUUCUCUGAUUCAUUCCUGGUACAGAACAGCUUUAUAGCAUUUCAGGGUUGUUUUUUUUGGGGGGGAGAAACCAAACAAAAACCACCACCACCAAUAACAACAACAACUAAACAAAAAAACCCCAGAAGAGGUUGCUUCAUGAAGGUCCAGUAAAUCUGCCUGCAUUUACGUUUUUGCUAAUUUGAAUUCUCAUGAAGUCAAGAGUUUUGCAGAGUUGUAAUCACAGCUUUCAUCCUUUCCAAGUAAUCUCAACAUACAGAUUGGCAACAUCAGAUUUAUGCACAGGUGUAACAUUUCUGCCAAAGGUGUUUCCCUGCAUCAAUCACCAGAUUUAUCCACCUUCUUUCUUAGAAUGAAAAAAAGUCUUGGAGAUCUUAACUUCAUGUAAGCUGAGGAACAAGUGCUCCUUUCCUCCUUCCUUUAUGUGGUUUAGAAAUCCAACCAAAAUAGCAGUGAUUUCUUAGAAUAGAUAUUAUUACAAGAGUGGCACUUGUUCCUGAGUGGAUGUCAUUAUGAGGAGAUCAUGAAGACAAUCCCUUAGUCCUUAAAUUCUCUAAGCAGUGGUCAUUUAGCUCCGUGUAGGCUGCUGAGAAGCUCCUCACAACAACAGGAUACUGCCAGUACAAGGCCAGUGGCUGAGUUGGGAGUGCAGGGGGUGAUUCUGUGAGAUCAGCACACUCCAUUUCACAGGCCUUGUGCCUGCUCCUAAACUUUUCUGUCUCAGGUUAAUCACAGAGCAGUUCAGGGCACUGUGAAUUUAGCUGCUAUAUAUUGUUGUUACAAGUGGACAUACUUAUUUUUAUUGAAAAUAUGUAGAAAAUCUCCGUGUAGUAUGAGGCUUUCCUAGUAAACGUGGAAUGGACAUGCAGUAACUUUGUGAUCUAAAGGUGAGUGCACAUCAGAGACUCUCUCCAGAGGCAUUGCUGUUAAAUGAAAACCUCUGGUUACUGAAAUGUGCCCUGCAGGCCUAGUUGCUCUCAGACCUAGUGUGAAAUAUCAGUGCUUCUGUGGGAGAGAAAGAAUAGAUCAAGUAUUAUUUUCGUAUAAGCUUGGCUAAACCUUCCUUUUGUGGGUUAUUUUUUGGUUUUCUUCCACUUUGGAAGUUUCUUUAAAAAUAAAAUGAGAUGGACCAAUAUGAAAACAACCUCAGUAAUUCUGCCAUGAAACAGCCAGUACUGCUUGAACAAUUAA